ACAGUUGCCAGUUUGAACAGCGGAUUUUGUUAUUAUUAUUUUUUUCUCACCAGAAGAAUUUUUCUUUGACAGGCUGUGUGGUUCAGUAUUUAAUAGAUGACAGAAGAGAAAGAUGUUGUCACACAAUGGAUAACUUUUGUGGAGAAUCUUUCUGGGACAUUAACAAGACUUGGCAUGCUGAAGUCCCCGAUUUCUCGUCUUGCUUCCAAGACAUUGUUCUAGUGACCGCACCAUGCAGCUUAUUUUCUCUCUUCUUCCUUCUAAGCUUAUGGAGCCUAGUAAAUCGUUCGUCACUUAGUCCACUUCCGUGGACAUGGCUGAAUAUAACUAAAUCGGUAUUAUCGUUGUCAUUGCUGCUUAUAAAUGCUGUGUGGUGUGGCAUUUUAUUUCAUGAAAAUAUUUCCUACGAAAGUGUACCUCAUACUGCUCUACUUUCAUCAAGUUCUAAAGUUAUAGUAUAUCUAUUAGUGAUGAUUUUGAUGUUGAUGCACAAAAGUCGUGGUAUUACAACUUCGACGCUUCUAACCAUCUUUUGGAUUGUCUUCUCAGUUUGUGGAAUCCUUCUUCAUAGGUCAGCUCUUUUACAAUACUUCAUGUCGGAAAUAAAACCACCAUCAGUUAUAUUUGCUCUUGAGAUGAUGUAUUAUCCUUUAAUUUAUAUUCAGCUUGUGCUAUCAGCCUUUACAGAUAAAAAAGGAGUAGAGUCCUUGAAAGAUGGAAAUGUACUGGACGAAGUGUCAUUUUUGUCAUUUGUCUCAUAUUCUUGGUUCAAUGAAGUAGUUUUCAAGAGCAGAAAACAGAUUUUAACCGUCAGUGACUUAUCAUUCUUGAGCGCAAGACUUACAGCUCAGCAUGUGUACAAAACGUUUUCCAAUAAUUGGAAACUUCUUGUGAAUGCAGCAGAACUACACUCCAAAAGUCUUGUGUGGGCGUUAAUAAAAUCAUUCUGGGUGUGGAUUGUUGCAGGAACUGUUUUGGAGGUGUUCUUUGUAUUUAUGCUAUUUUUGCCGCCUCUCAUCCUUGACCGCAUUAUAGACUUCGUGCAUCAUGAUCACUACAGUUGGAGAGGACACUUAUUCGCUUUGAUGAUUUUCUUAACAAUAUUCAUUGGGAAAAUCAUGCAGAACAGCUCCAUUUUUCUACUAAUUAUUUCUGGAGUUCAACUUAAAUCAGCUCUUAUGGGUGCUGUUUAUAGAAAAAAUCUUUUGAUAUCUGAAUCAAUUAGAAAAAUGUAUUCCAGCGGUACUCUUAUGAAUCUGGUGUCAGUAGAUGUGGAAAGAAUUGAAUAUUUCACAUAUCAUUGUGCAAGUCUGAUAUCAUCUCCAAUUAAAAUAAUUGUGAUAAUUUUCAUCAUGUGGCAAUACAUCGGUCCAUCUUGCUUGGCUGGUGUACUGGUUAUGGUUGUUUCAUUUCCCAUCGCCAUAUAUGCUUCCACUGUGAAUGAAAGGUACUCGGAAGAGCAAAUGGAAAAGAAGGAUUUAAGAUUGAAGUAUAUGGGCGAAAUCCUAAAUGGAAUCAAAAUUCUCAAGUUAUAUGCUUGGGAGAUAGCUUUCUCUACUAAAGUCUCUGAUUCCAGAAAAGCAGAAUUGAAAUUAAUUCAUCUUUCUCAACUUUGUCGAGUUGCUAUAAGUUUUGUUUUUUUCUGCACACCUUUUAUGGUGUCUCUUGCAAGUUUUGCCACCUAUUUGCUUGUCGAUUCGAGAAAUGUUCUGGAUCCUACAAAAGCGUUUGUUUCACUAACACUGAUGGAUCAAUUGAGGUACGCUCUGUUUGAGAUACCCGAAGCCCUAGCAGAACUCAUUCAGAGUAAAAUCGCUCUAGAACGUAUAAGAAAAUUUCUCAUUACCGAAAAUAUGAAUCCGAACAUUAUUGGAAGCAAUCCAGAGAAAGGUGAGACUAUCACCGUCAAAAGUGCUACUUUUUCUUGGGGCAUUGGAUCAAAUCCGACUCUGAUGGACAUCACUCUUCGAAUCCGCAGAGGUUCUCUGUAUGCCGUGAUAGGGCCUGUUGGUUCAGGAAAGUCCUCUUUGAUCUCGGCUUUGCUGGGAGAAAUGCAUAAAUUGAGUGGUGCAGCAGAUUUGAAGGGCAGUAUUGCUUAUGUUCCGCAACAAGCAUGGAUUCUUAAUCGAAGUGUCAGAGAAAAUAUCCUGUUGGCCAAACAUAUUCGAGAAGAAAAGUACCACAAAAUUUUGGACAAAUGUUGCCUUCGACCAGAUUUAGAAAUUUUGCCUGCUGGAGAUGCGACAGAAAUUGGAGAAAAGGGUGUGAAUCUCAGUGGAGGCCAGAAACAACGCAUUAGCAUAGCUCGAGCAGUUUACCAAGAUAAAGAUAUUUACCUCUUAGACGAUCCCCUCAGUGCAGUCGAUGUUCACGUGAGAAAAUCUCUGUUUGACGAUGUCAUUGGCAACGAAGGUCUUUUAAGAAGAAAAACCAGAAUACUUGUUACUCACGAUGUAUCCUUACUGCAUAAAGUAGACACCAUUAUCACGAUGAAAGAUGGGAGAAUUGCUGAAAUCGGGUCCUAUUACGAAUUGCUUAAACGUGGCGAAUCUUUUACAAGUUUUGUUCGUGAACAUACAAAUACAAAAACGAUGGAAGAAAAUCUGAAAAGAGCUCCCAGGACUCGCCAGGAUUCUACGACAUCUAAUGAAGAUAUUCUUUGCUCAGAGGUAUCAGAGCAUUCGGGACCAUUAGCAAACUCCGCGAUUGAACCUGCAAAUGUUAAAACUUCCGAAGAAAGUAAACGACAAAUUUCGAGACCUUUUUCUCGAUUUCUCUCGACGGAGCCCAGAACUUCUUUUGAUCAAGCAUUAAGUGAGGAUAAUUUGUCCAUGAGUCAAAAAGGAGAUUAUUGUAAAGAAAAUGAAUAUAAAUUGACAGAAGACGAAAAAAUGGAGAUUGGUGGGGUGAACGCUCAAAUUUAUUGGGAAUAUGUGAAACAUGCCGGUUUGCACGUGUUCUUCAGCGCUAUGCUCGGAUAUAUGCUGUUUGUUGCUUUUGAAACAGGUGGAAACAUUUGGUUAAGUGAGUGGACUGCGCAAGGUCUCCAUAACGGUACUCAGGAUAAAUCUUCAACAACAACGGGGCUUUCUGUGUAUGGUAUUCUUGGAUUUGCGCAAGCUGUUAGUGUGGUGAUUGGAAGUGCCAUUCUUGUUUAUGGAACUGUUAAAGCAUCAGAAAGAUAUCAUAAAAAUCUUCUGGCCAGCAUUAUACGAGCGCCCAUGUCAUUCUUCGAUCAAACGCCCAUGGGACGGAUAAUGAACAGAUUUAGUACAGACAUGGACAUCAUGGAUAUUCAGAUAUAUCCCAUUUUAGAUGCAUGGUUCCAUUGCUUGCUGUAUUCUUUAGCAUCGUUCAUUGUCAUAGGAAUGAACACUCCAAUAUUUCUUGUCAUUCUUCUACCGAUCGGAGUCGCUUAUUACAUCAUUCAAAGACUCAAUUUGAAUACUUAUCGUCAAGUGAUGAGACUCGAAUCUACUACCAGAUCUCCAAUUUACAGCCAUUUCUUGGAGACCAUUCAGGGUGUUUCUUCUAUCUGCGCCUACAAAGUUCGAGAAGAAUUUACUAAAAAUUUUGAAGAAAAAUUAAAUAUUCAUAUGUUGUGCAAUUUCAACACGAUUUCUUGUAACAGAUGGUUACAAUUUUGGUUGGAUCUGCUUGGAUGUCUGAUAGUUUUGAUAGCUACAUUAUUAGCGAUCCAAGCAAGAUAUACUUUGGGACCAGCGGUGGUUGCCUUGAUGAUAACGUAUGCUUUAUCGGUUACAGAUGCUUUGAUGUGGUUCGUUCGAACAAACUCGGAAUUAGAAAACAAGAUUAUAUCUAUAGAAAGAUUGGAUGAAUAUUGUAGAUUAAAAUCCGAAGCUCCUUGGUUUUUGACACAUGACAACUUUUAUCACAACUGGCCUCAACGUGGCAAUAUAGAUUUCUAUGGUUACAGUACAAGAUAUGCAGAGGGAUUAGACCUUGUUCUCAAGGACGUAAAUCUACACAUAGAAUCCCAUGAAAAAGUUGGUAUAGUCGGACGCACUGGCGCGGGCAAGUCAUCAAUUACAAUGGCUUUGUUCCGAAUCAUUGAACCGGUUCAAGGUUCCAUUGUGAUCGAUAAUAUCGAUAUAACUACCGUGGGACUGCAUUGCUUAAGAUCAAAAUUGACAAUUAUCCCUCAGGAUCCUGUUGUAUUUACUGGAACACUUCGGAUGAAUGUCGACCCAAACAAUGAGUACAAAGAUGAGGAUAUUUGGGAAAGUUUGGAUAAAGCUCAUUUAAAGACAUUCGUAUCCAAUUUAAGUGAAGGUUUAGAAUACGAUCUUGAAGAAGGUGGUACCAACUUUAGUGCUGGACAACGACAGCUUCUUUGCCUAGCAAGAGCACUUUUGAAAAAGACGAAAAUUUUGGUUUUAGAUGAAGCCACAGCUUCAGUGGAUAUGGAUACAGAUAGCCUCAUUCAGAACACGAUUCGCACUGCUUUUAAUAACGAUACUGUGAUCACCAUUGCUCACAGAUUGAAUACAAUUAUAGAUUACGACAAGAUAGUAGUUAUGGAAAGUGGGAGUAUUCGUGAAGUUGGCAACCCAAAAAUCCUGCUGAAAGAUCCAGAUUCCACAUUUUAUCAAAUGUGUAAAGAUGCAGGUUUAAUAUAAAAUUGAUGUAUUGUUGUACUUUUAAAAAAAGCAUAGCUAUUUAUUAAAUUUUAUGUGCUUUUCAAAAA